GCGGUGAAGGGAGAGGCUGGGGAAGCCCUAGAAGCACGCGCAGGCGCACCGGCUCACACCUGGCUCCCGCCAGCCGCGGGAUUAGGAUUCGCCUGCUACGAUUGCGGCUCUCAGUUUCCUCGAGUCAUUCCCUGAUUAGUGGUAUCAAGCUCAGCACUGUUUCUGUUGUACUUCAUUCUUCUUAAUUCCCGGCGCUGUUGGAGGAGGAUGGCAAGACAGCUUGUGGCCAUGAGCCCUCCCCGGUGCUCCUGGGGCUAAGGCUGGGGCUGCAGCUAUGGGACUAGGUUGGCCCCAGGCCUGGCUGCUGGGUCUGCCCACAGCUGUGGUCUAUGGCUCCCUGGCCCUCUUCACCACCAUCCUGCACAAUGUCUUCCUGCUCUACUAUGUGGACACCUUCGUCUCAGUGUACAAGAUCAACAAAGCGGCCUUCUGGGUUGGAGAGACGGUGUUUCUCCUCUGGAAUAGUCUCAAUGACCCCCUCUUCGGCUGGCUCAGCGACCGGCAGUUCCUCAGCUCCCAGCCGCGGUCAGGCGCCAGGCUCUCCUCAAGGGCUGUGGUGCUGGCCCGGGUGCGGGCCCUGGGCUGGCACGGGCCGCUGCUGGCGCUGGCGUUCCUGGCGUUCUGGGUGCCCUGGGCCCCAGCCGGCCUGCAGUUCUUGCUGUGCCUGUGCCUCUAUGACGGCUUCCUGACGCUCGUGGACCUGCACCACCACGCCUUGCUGGCCGACCUGGCCCUCUCAGCCCACGACCGCACCCACCUCAACUUCUACUGCUCCCUCUUCAGCGCGGCCGGCUCCCUCUCUGUCUUUGCCUCCUAUGCCUUUUGGAACAAGGAGGAUUUCUCCUCCUUCCGUGCUUUCUGCGUGACACUGGCUGUCAGCUCUGGGCUGGGCUUUCUGGGGGCCACACAGCUGCUGAGGUGGCGGGUUGAGGCAGCCCGAAGGGACCCAGGGUGCUCAGGCCUGACUGUGGAUAGCGGCCUGUGUGGAGAGGAGCUGCUGGUGGGCAGUGAGGAGGUGGACGGCAUCACCUUGGGCCAAUAUCUCCGGCAGCUGGCACGCCAUCGGAACUUCCUGUGGUUCGUGAGCAUGGACCUGGUGCAGGUCUUCCACUGCCACUUCAACAGCAACUUCUUCCCCCUCUUCCUGGAGCAUCUGUUGUCCGACCAUAUCUCCCUUUCCACGGGCUCCAUCCUGUUGGGUCUCUCCUAUGUCGCUCCUCAUCUCAACAACCUCUACUUCCUGUCCCUGUGCCGGCGCUGGGGCGUCUACGCGGUGGUGCGGGGGCUCUUCCUGCUCAAGCUGGGCCUUAGCCUGCUCAUGUUGUUGGCUGGCCCGGACCACCUUGGCCUGCUGUGCCUCUUCAUUGCCAGCAACCGCGUCUUCACUGAGGGCACCUGUAAGCUGCUGACCUUGGUGGUCACCGACCUGGUGGAUGAGGACCUGGUGCUGAACCACCGCAAGCAGGCAGCCUCGGCACUCCUCUUUGGCAUGGUUGCCCUGGUGACCAAGCCAGGUCAGACCUUUGCCCCACUGCUGGGCACCUGGCUGCUCUGUUUCUAUACAGGUCAUGACCUCUUCCAGCAGUCCCUGAUAACCCCUGUGGGGAGUGCCCAUCCCUGGCCAGAGCCCCCAGCUCCAGCCCCUGCACAGGCCCCAGCGCUCCGCCAGGGCUGCUUCUACCUGCUGGUGCUGGUGCCCAUCACCUGUGCUCUGCUUCAGCUCUUCACCUGGUCCCAGUUCACGCUGCACGGGAGACGCCUGCACAUGGUCAAGGCCCAGCGCCAGAACCUGUCACAGGCCCAAACCCAGGAUGUUAAGAUGGUGUGAGAGGUGUGGCAAGGCCAAGGCCACCCCACUGAGGAUGGUGCUGGCAGCCUGGGGCAGAAGCCAUUUUUUUUUAAGGAUUUCAUUGUUUUGUUUAGUUUUGUU